AUGUUGGGUGACUUCGAGUUUGUGGAAAUCGCACUCGCUUCACUACUCAACCAGCAACAAGUCAAUGCCCUGCUGGAUCUCUUUGCUCAUGUCACACAGGGAGCCAUCCAAGUCAUGCUCAAGAAUGAUGCUGAACUUUGCAAAGCAUGUGAUGCAGCUGCAAUGGAACUCACUCUGUUCUCCAGGGUCAAAGUUAAGGUACCAUACAAAAAGGAAGAAUGUAUGUUCGAAGCACAUAUUCACCCACUGUGGGAGUGGGCACUCAAUAUCUUAGAAAAUCCAUUCCUUGGUCUGCACUUCACCUGGGAUGCACAGUGA